GCUUACAGCUUCCUGUUGGAGUGAAAGCGGAUGUAAAAGGAGCUUCGAUGCACUCGUCUUGUUCGUACAUUUCAUAGCCAUUUUACUAAUAUUUCGCGUUCGUAAAUAAUUGCAAACACAGCUAAAGAUGUCGGAAACAGGGAACCGGCUGCGGAAACUUCUCGAAUCUCCCAAUUUCGAUCCGCAAACGUACGUCAAACAGCUGUCACAGCAGUCCGACGGCGACAGGGAUCUGCAGGAGCAUCGGCAAAAAAUCCAAAACCUGGCCGACGAAACGGCCCAGAAUUUGAAGAAAAAUGUCUAUAAGAACUACAGGCAGUUCAUUGAAACCGCCAAAGAGAUUUCCUACCUGGAGAGCGAGAUGUACCAGCUGAGCCACAUCCUGACGGAGCAGAAGAGCAUCAUGGAGAGCAUCACCCAGGCCUUGCUGUCCACAGACAAGGAUGAGACCUCCAAGGAGAUGCAGGCUGCUUUCCCCAAAGAGACGGAGGAGGUGAAGCAGAGGGCGCUCACCUCUCUGCUGGAGAAAGUCGAAGGAGCCAAGAACAUCAUGGACAUCCCGGGGAGGCACCUAGUCUACAACGGAGACCUUUUUGAGUUUGACGUGGACAACAUGUCCCCCAUCCAGAAGGUCCAUGCUUUCCUCAUGAACGACUGUCUGCUGAUCGCCACCUGGCUGCCCAACCGCAGAGGCACCGUGAAGUACAAAUACAGCGACCUGUACGACCUGGAGAGCUUCGCCGUGGUCAACGUCAAGGACAAUCCCCCCAUGAAGGACAUGUUCAAGAUCCUCAUGUUCCCGGACAGCCGCAUCUUCCAGGCAGAGAACAGCAAGGUCAAGAAGGAGUGGCUGGAGAUCCUUGAUGAAACCAAAAAGAACAAGGUGUCUAAGGACAGACACAAGAAGGAAGAGGAGGCUCCCACGUCCCCCAUCAGAUCUGAGGUGUCCACCAACCCUUUCGACCUGGAGGACGAGGACCCAGCAGAUGCAGAGGAAAGCGCAGAACUUGGUAUCGAGUGGAUUCAGGAGCUCCCCGAGGACCUGGACGUGUGCAUUGCCCAGAGGGACUUUGAGGGAGCCGUGGACCUGCUGGACAAACUGAACGAGUACCUGAAGGACCAGCCCUCCACUCAGAAGGUCAAGGAGUUGAGGUCCAAGGUGGACGAGCGGGUGCGACAGCUGACUGAGGUGCUGGUGUUCGAGCUGUCUCCGGAUCGGUCACUCCGUGGUGGACCUAAAGCGACCCGACGUGCCGUGUCCCAGCUCAUCAGACUAGGCCAGUCCACCAAAGCCUGCGAACUGUUUCUGAAAAACCGAGCCGCGGCAGUCCAGACGGCCAUCCGGCAGCUUCGCAUCGAGGGAGCAACGUUGCUCUACAUCCACAAACUCUGCAACAUCUUCUUCACCAGUUUGCUGGAAACCGCCAAAGAGUUUGAGAUGGACUUUGCUGGGAACACGGGUUGCUACUCUGCCUUUGUCGUCUGGUCCAGAUCUGCCAUGAAGAUGUUUGUUGACGCUUUCAGCAAACAGGUGUUUGACAGUAAGGAGAGCCUCUCCACGGCCGCAGAAUGUGUCAAAGUGGCCAAAGAGCACUGCCAGCAGCUGACGGAGAUCGGCCUGGACCUGACCUUCAUGCUGCAGUCGCUGCUGGUCAAAGAUAUCAGGGCUGCCCUGCAGAGUCAAAAGGACAUUAUCAUCGAGGCCACCAAGCACCGCAACUCCGAGGAGAUGUGGAGGAGAAUGAACCUGAUGACCCCCGAGGCUUUGGCCAAGCUCAUGGAGGAGAUGCACAGCUGUGGCAUAAGCUUCCAGCAGUACACAGGAGACGGCUGCUGGGUGAACCUGAGCUACACCAUGGUGGCCUUCACCAAGCAGAUGAUGAGCUUCCUGGAGGAAGGCCUUAAGCUGUACUUUCCCGAGCUGCACAUGGUGCUGCUGGAGAGUCUGAGGGAGAUCAUCCUGGUGGCCGUGCAGCACGUGGACUACAGCCUCCGCUGUGAGCAGGACCCAGAGAAGAAGUCCUUCAUCUUGCAGAACGUCACCUUUCUCCACGACACCGUGCUGCCGGUGGUUGAGCGCCGUUUCGAGGAGAGCGUUGGCAAGCCAGCCAAGCAGCUGCAAGACCUGAGGAAGAGCACAAGACAGGUGCGGGUCAACCCGGACAGCACCACAUCUUUGGUCUGACACCUGGAGGAGCCUCUUCAGCUCAGUUCUUACCACAACACUUACUGAUGUGAUGCUGCAGGACGGAGAAAAGUCCACAGAACACCAGACACGUAACACUCAAGACUCACAUGUGGUUACACUCAUUUCACUUUGCACAAAUGCUAGCAGGAAAGAGUGUAAACUCUUUUCACUUUGCUGUAAAAACCUUUCUUGUGAUUAAAGAUGUUUGCAAGCACCUGUUAUUGAUUUCAUACAUUGACGUUUUUGCUAUUUGACACUUUAUUGUUGUUUAUUCCACAAAUCCUAUUCAUAAUGCAACAACUACUUAAAUACCGCAGUAUAUGAACUUAUCUAAAGCAUUCAAAUAAAAAUAUGUACUGAAAUAUUUGACAGAAUGGUUAGAUUCAUGGUUAUUUUGCUCAAAUGAGUGGUUUCUGUAGAUUCACACGUGGAAAUGGUUCAAUUUUAUUUCAACUUAAAAUUCGUUAUUAAUAUCUAUGUUCUUGACAAAAACUUGAUGUAACUGUUUUAGGACCUAAAAGAACACAAAAAUUAAAAAAUGUACAUCAAAAUCAAUUUCUUCAAAUUACAAAUGUUACCACUCAUUUGUGGUUUUGUCGCCCUCUUGUGGCAAUUCUGGAAAAAUACACUAAUGUUUCUACAGUGAAGUGUCUUGCUACAAAACCUAUUUUAAUGAUUGAAUGCUAUAAGCACUCAUUAUACGGAAAAACACAUUGAUUAAGAUGCCAAUAAUGAUAAGAGCUGCAGCUGAAAAGUUGAUGAAAUAAAUGUUUUUUUUUCCCU